AUGGAAGCGUGGAUACGAAAUAAUCCGCAACAUGAUGGGGAGUUACGAGGCCUUAUGAAUACUUUGAAAGGGUUUAUCAUUGGACAUGGCGACAAAAAUCCUGCUACUUUUGGCAAGCUCUGUGGGCAGUACAAAACCAUGUUGGAUGAGGAGAUCAAGGAUGUCAUCAGUCCGAUGCGUUUAUCUAUCGCGCACAUUCAGUACUUUCUCAUCGGCGAAGGAUUGGCCAGUCUUGCAAAGAAUAUUCAAAACCAAUAUGUGUUUGUUCCAGUGAGGAAUGCUGAGACGAGGAAUAUUCUGGAUAUGAAGAGUCGGGAUAAAACAACGAAAACGCGAAAAAUGCCCUACCAAUACAUCAGCGGGAAUCCUUUUCCCGCUCCAAAUGUGGGUGGGGCUUCUGGUCGACCAUCAGCAUUCGCAUCCCAACCGCAGCCAGAAAGACCAAUGUCGACAACAUCGACCGCGUCCCGAAAAUCGAUGUACUCCUCGAAAUCCGGAUCAAAACCAAUGCAGAAAACACCGUACAUAAGAAAAUCUGAGUAUCAAAGUGGUGGCGGAGGGGUAUUCAAUCCGUUAACUGGAAAAGUUGAAUACCCGUCAUCGACACCAGCUCCUUCCGCCGCUACAGCUACCCGUCCAACUGGUAUGGGAAGAGGGCUAGUUCGUGCUUCUGAGAUAUCGCAUCCUCAAGAAUCUAAACCGCAGCCUGCUCGAGUACCUCCAAGACCAACUGCUCAAGAAGUUCAACCACAAGCGCGAGUGCCACCAGCACCAACGCGUCGCCCUCCUCCAAGUGAGCCGGUAAAACCUCCUACACAGACCGUCAGGCGACCGUUGCAAACAUCUCGCGUUCCACCCAUGCAUCCUGGUCUCGCUGAAAAGCAAAAAGCCAAGAUUGUCAAACCUAAUGACCAAGGCGAUUCAACUGCCUCCAGCGACGCCCCAAGACAUUAUGGGGACCCCGAUGAUGCUCUUGCGAAGUUUAGGAAGAAGCUUACAUACAUCAUUUCGAGGCAUCCUUUGGGAUUGUCAUUCAACGAACUCGCCUCAUGCUUCAGGAAUAAACACUCCGAGCAGCUCAAGUCAUUUCUUACUCGUCUCAAUUCUCAAAUCCCAUAUCCGAUUGAAAUUCUGCGCAAAUACUCGGAGCGAUUGAACAUCUUUGUUGGAGACGAAGAUAUCAUCUAUCCACAAGAGUAUUCCCCGCAAGAAUGGAAGAAAACCGUGUUUGAGCAAAUUAGCGAUCUCCUUGGGGAACAAGAAGAGCCAGAAGAUAUUCUGAAGGUCGAAGAAGACUACAGGAAUCGCUUCCCAGUCGACUACAAGGACUACCAUUUCUACAGUUUUUACGAAUUCAUUAUGCACCUUGGUGACAUCGCGCUCAUAGAAAUUGAUGAGGACCUCAACGAGCGAAUCGGCAAAAACUAUCUUUCGAUGAAGGAAACUCUUGUUAAAUGCGUUAUGCAGCUCGUUUACCGAACCGAAAAAGAGGGAAAGGACUUGCAAAUUUCAAGCCUGCGAAGAAAAUUCCGACUGGAGUUCAGUUGGGAUAUUCCAAUGAGCUGUUUCUCGGAAGAGUACGAAGAGGAGCUCGAUAUCGAGCGUCUGGCGUAUCUUCUGGUCAAUCAUAAUAACAAGAAGAAUGUCAUGCGAAUCGACAAUGGAUUAUUGAAAUUGAAGUCGAAGGCGGAUCUACGCGCUGGCCUUGCGAACUUGAAAGCAGCUGCUCCUCUCAAAACACGAUUCGCGCCCUUUUUAAAGCCUUCUGUGAAAGACAAAUUCUACGUGACUCUGAAUGGCGAAGUGAACAGCUGUGACGAGAUCUGGGUGAUGAGACAAGCUGACCUGAACAAACUCACGAACCUUGUCCAGGAGCUAAGCGAAGUCUGCAAAGGCUACAAAAGAGCAGGGAAAAACGCGAUCGAGAACGAGAUUUUACCAGGUUGCGCCGUGGCUGUCUUCGAUGGAGACUACUGGUUGCGUGGCGAGGUUGUGGAAUACGCUGAUGAUCAUGAGUGCCCUUAUGUGGUUCGAUACGUCGAUUUCGGUACCAUUGAAUGUUUCGGCAAAGAAAAUAUUCAAUGGCUCGAUGAAAAAUUCAUCAAACUUCGACGAUUGUCAUUCCCGAUCAGCAUUCUCAGCGAUGUGAAUCCAGAUGUCAUCUCCAAAGACGAAAUAGACGAGAUCAACGAGCAAAGAAUCUUGCAAGACCUGGUUGGAAACCUCGAUUCAUUGAAAGCGGGCUUUCUGUUUGAAUGCACGAGCGCGGAUGCAAGCGGAUUUCAAGGAUUCAAGGGGCGAAUCAAAGUCAAAACUGAAACUGCCCAAUGCGACUUGUUGUCAAAAGUUCACCAUUAUUAUAAAAAGAGGAAUUCCGAAGAAAGAUCUGAGAGCGAGGAAACCAUCCGCACUUCUGACAAUUUUCCUUCGAUCAAUAAGCUAGAACCUCCUUCGCCUGAGAAAGAGGAAGACAACAUUCAGCCGAAGGAAACACGAGCUCACGACACGAGUGAUGAUGAGACAAAGGAGGGUGAAUUCUUGUGCGAGUUUAUCUACCCGCCUGAAGAUGCAACAGAAGUGGCGAAUGUCUACAUUGCAGAGCAUGUUACUUUUGUCAACAUCGAUGGUCAACUUGCACAGAUGAUGAAUGUGGUGCUAAUAAGCGACGAAGAUAAACUCGCCGUUUCCUUCGAAAGCCUCAGCAGUAUCUUUAUCAAACUACUCGCCGGAGUCAAUCGUGUUCGCGGACGUGUUUGGCUCAAGAAAGUCACGGCAAAGGGCGUCGUUAACAUCAAUGUAGAGUCAAUCAAGGAGAAAAUGGGAGUCAGAAUCAGUGACGAAGAGCAGGAGCAACUUUCCAAGCAGCUCGAUGUUUGGGGGCUGAAAGGCGCACAUCCAGAGAACGAGGUCGACGAGUCCGCUAAAGAUUAUGCCUUCAUUCUUUGGGACGAUCUGUGGAGGGCUUUCUGCAAAGCAAGAACCUCAGAAAACGUCCCGCCUUUCAUCACGAAAACGAGCACAGUCUUCGAAGCCAUCCACAGAAUGCGAACUGAUUUCUUCGACGGAGACGUUUAA